GUAGGAAAUCUAUACCGGUCAGGCUUUACGCAUGCUUCGUAUGCCCCUAUCUAUAUCGCCAAUGAGUUCUUGUGUAAAACUUCGAACUCGCCUAAUAUGAAAGGGUGUACGAUCUACUUAAUUUGGUCCCUUGCUCAGCUCAUGCUCUUUGGUGAGGGGCAGAGUGAAGAGUUAUGGACUUCACUCAACAUUUCCGUAGACGGACGUCUCCAUGCAAUUCGACCCUUUGCGCUACCAUGCUACUCAUUUUAUAACGGGAAUGAAGUCACAAUCGAUGAGGCGGCUUGUACUCUGAUCCGAGAGAAAUAUGUUACAAAUUCAAUACGCGCUGAAAGGCCCAGCGGUUAUAUGAAUCUCCAGGGUGAGAUCUGUCUAGGGGAUCCCAUAAACCAGUGUGCGUUAGAUAAUACAGCAGCUCCGGCAGCCAAACCCGCACCAGGUGCUUCGUGCAAUCAAGGCAGUGUUCCUUCAUACUAUAUUGAGGUCGAGAAGAUUUCGGAUAUCAUUGCAACUUUAAAUUUUACCCAGUAUCAUGGAGUUCCUUUAGUUAUUAAGAAUAGCGGGCAUGAUUACAUGACUAGGAACAGCCAGAAAGGAUCAUUAGCUCUUUGGGUGCACAAGUUGCAAGGCCUUACUAUCCAUAAUAAUUUCCUCCCAGAGGGAUGUGGAGCAGACUUGAGGGUUGGCCGGGCCAUUACCGCGGGCACCGGUGUUAGUACGGGAGAUAUUUACAAUUUCGCAUAUAAACAUGAAAGCACCUUCAUUGGUGGUUAUUCCCCGUCAGUUGCAGCUUCUGGGGGUUGGGUUCUUGGUGGUGGACACAGCGUAUUAUCACCAGUGUAUGGACUCGGAGCUGAUCGUGUCGUCGAAUUUAAGAUUGUGACGCCUGAUGGGGUUGCUCGAACUGCAAAUCAAUGCCAGCACGAAGACUUGUUUUGGGCUCUGCGAGGUGGCGGUGGAGGGACAUUUGGCGUUGUGCUGGAAGCUACUCACCGUGUUGAACCGUUAAUACCAGUCGCGGUCGCAAACAUCAAACUACCUUCAAAUAUCACAGCAGAAACGUCGAUAAAGUGGAUUGAAUUGAUGGCGCGGGAAUCCUUGGCUUGGGGUAAACAAGGAUGGGGAGGUCAUGCGGGAGGCAUAUAUUUGACUUACAUGAAUCCUGUACCAGAGAUAGCCAACUUAGCCGACGAUGGAACUGCUGCUAAGGCCUCUAUGAGGAAUGUAUCAGAUUUUGCACUUUCCCACGGGGGUAGUAGUGUGGUAGAGGUUCUACCAAACUUUCUUGAUGUGUGGAACAAAUACGUCUUACCAGGGGCUCUGACAACAGCUGGGGUCACUCGCGUAUUGGCAACGAGGCUCAUACCCCAGAGGUUAUUCAGUGAUGACGCCGGAAUUAACAAAUUGAUGGAUUUCAUAAAGGCUACGCAGAAGUUGGGGUUUGAUCCACGGAACUUUUACAGCCCGGUAGAUACACCCUUUGUGAUAGACAGCACGACGAAGCUGAAAAUGCGAAAUGACACAAGGCCAACAACAUCUAUCCAUCCAGCCUGGUACAAUUCUCUUUGGGAUAUUUCGACAUCCCUAACGAUUUCUUGGAAUGCAUCAUACGCCGACCGCCUGGAAAAUAUGACUGCUAUUACAAGAGGAACGCUUCUUGCGGAGGAGUUAACAGGUACCGAUGGAGGGACUUACCCGAACGAAGCGAACCCCUUCACGGCGAGUUGGCAAGAGUCUUGGUGGGGCCAUAACUAUGAAGCCUUGCUCCAAAUUAAAAAGAAGUACGAUCCAAGGGGGCUCUUGAAGUGCUGGAAGUGCGUUGGGUUUGAAAACAAGGACAUAUUGACCGACAGAUUCAGAUGCCAGGGAAAGUUACAACUGGAUGUCGACCGUAAUGUAGCAAAUAUUAUGUAAUAAUUAUACUCUAAGGAAGUUCGAAGUGAAAGUGUCAGGGGACAGUAUAAAUUGGGUACAGAUCUACGUAGAAUAGAUAUAUAAGGGGCGCUGCGCGCCCUCGAAAGAGUAUAGAAGGUCAAG